GAAUCUCCAAAAGAUGAAGAUGGAUUGCUUAAAGCAGUUCAAAAUGUACAUGCAAUGAUAGACAAGGAGGUAGCUGCUGGCACAAAUUCUGAGAACAUUUUCAUAUGUGGAUUUAGUCAAGGAGGUGCCUUGACCUUAGCGAGUACAUUGCUGUACCCAAAAACUCUAGGUGGAGGUGCAGUCUUUAGUGGAUGGGUUCCUUUUAAUACAUCUGUGUUAGGGCAGAUUCCACCAGAAGCAAAGAAGACUCCUAUUUUGUGGUCCCAUGGUAUCGCCGACAAUACAGUGUUAUUUGAAGCUGGGCAAGCAGGUCCUCCAUUAUUGGAACAAGCUGGGAUAACCUGCGAGUUUAAGGCUUACCCAGGUCUUGGUCAUUCAAUAAGCAACGAAGAACUGCGAUACCUUGAAUCAUGGAUCAAGACACGUCUGCAGAGUUCUUCAUAAAGAUUGGUCAUCACUCGGAAACUGCCAUCUGCUUAUUGAUCCUGGGUCUCGAGUGUUUGAUUCCUAUGCAUAGCAUCAAUUUUGUGACAUACACCAAGAUAAUGCCUUAUCAUUGACGAAGGUAGCUUUCACUUAUUGCGACAGAGUAACCUGAUUUUUUUUUUUUUUUUUUUUUUGUUGUCACAGUUUUUCUCUAUUGGAUGUAGCAUUGUGUUCUAUUAUUCUCGAGAUAUCAAAGAAGUAAAGAAGAAAAUUCAGCUA